AUGGAUCGCCAGGAGACGACCGGGGAGAGAUACAGGAAGCGUCAGCAGCAGCGCUCCAUCAUGGCUGUGAUGGAUCCGUACAAUCCCCCGGCAUCGAAGAAGCGUGCAGAUGGAGGUCGUCUAAGCCUGCGAGACUGGAAAUCCUGGCUCUCUGCAUUUUCGGCUGCGGUCCCGCUCUUCUUGCUGAGCUAUUCUUCGUGUGUGUCGUACGCUCAUCUCAUUGUCUCGGGUGCCUACGGCUACCCAAUUCGCGCAGUGGUGAUAACUUCGAUGCAUUUGUUCAGCAGCGGCUUGACGGGCCUGAUCUUGCCGAUGCGGAGCAAGUGCCCCUUGAUCAUUCCAUCAGCAGAUAUCUCUGUGACGAUGUUCUACCAGAUGAUUGUCAUGGACAUCGUCAAGGCCGCCGCUGACGACGGCACCCUUUCGCCGGAGGCGGUGGCCGCAACCGCUAUGCUGGCACUGCCUGUGAACACUAUCCUGAUGAGCCUGGUCUUCUUCCUGGUGGGAGAGCAGAAAGCCACAGUCGUUGUCUCCUAUCUGCCCUACCCUGUGGUUGCGGGCUUCCUUGGCUCAAUAGGCUUGGCCAUCUUUGUUGGGGCCUUUGCAGUGCUGGAGGAUGGGCUAAGCGGCUUCAGUGGCAUCGCCCAGGCUGCGCAUGAUAAACCUUGGCCGCUGUUCUGCGCGGUAGGCAUGGCACUCAGCUCCAUCUUGUUGAAGUACGCCGGACUCCCUGCCCGAGUACUGGCCGUGGCACCAACCCUGACCACCAUGGUCGUCUUUUGGCUGUGUGUUGCCUUCUCCGGCUUGUCCCUGGAGGAGAUCAGACAGGACGGUUGGCUGUUCCCAGCAGCGAGUUUCGAACCCUUCUGGUCGAUUUGGACUGAACAACAUCCAUCACAAGUGGUGCUGCAUUUGCUUCCACCCAAGUUGGCCACAUUCCUCGGCCUGGGGUUUGUCCUGAUUCUCUCGCUGACGCUCCGUAUUGCGGGCAUCGAGGGCUCAACUGGUUACAUGAUUGGUGUGGACGAAGAGGUGAAAUGGACGGGCAUAGCCAGUGGCAUCGCAGGCUGUUGUGGAACGGUGAUUGGGUCGCACUCUCCUGGCCUGACGACCUUCAACGCAGAAGCUGGAAGUACGACGCUGCAGGCUGCAGUGCUGACAGCAGUGCUGCAGCUAGCUUUGUGGCUGUCUGGGUUCCCCGUGAUGAACUUGUUCCCGCGGUUCUUGCUUUCUGGCAUCUUGAUGAACUUGGGCUUGGUCAUGCUGCAGGAGUGGAUGUGGACAGCCAGGCACAAGGUUGGUGUUCUGGGACUGUUGGUAAUCUAUGCGCAGGUGGCUUCUUCUGCCAUGUAUGGUUUGCUCCCAAGCGUACUCGUCGGGGUGGCGGUGGCAUUGGUGACAGCACAGGUCCAACUCAUGAAGUUGCACGUGCUGAAGUACCACGUGUCGAGGGUGUCGGUGAAAACCAACCUGCAUCGGAGCGACAGAGAGAGAAGAAUCUUGAAGGAAUAUGGCGAGUUGAUCGAGUGCUUGGGCUUGGAAGGUUUCCUGGCGGAGGGACCAAUGAUCAAGCUCUCAAACUACGUGCGACAGUAUGUUGAAUGCAACAAGGUUCUUCGCUUCAUUGUCUUUGACCUACAGGCUUGUCAAGGAUGCAACGUCUCCGCAUACGCUCUUCUUGCAAAGCUGGACAAGGUCUUGCAGAACGAAGGCAUCUGCGCCUACUACAGCAGCCUGGAGGCUGACAUGAGCUGCGGCCUGAAAUCCUUCGGGGUGCCAGCUGAUCGUAUUUUCGACUCAGAAAAUGGCUCCCACAGCUCCUUCAUGAAGGCUUUGCAGUGCUGCGAGGACCUGGUUCUGGAGAGUGUCCUUCAGGUUGAGUGGCAGAGACAGAUCUCCAACCCGAUCGACAUAACAGAUUCCGACGACAAUUUGCAGGAGAAGAUUCGGCACUUUCUCGGUUUGACACCGGACCAGGUGCGGCAGCUGUGCCAGGCAGGAGCCUGGCAGCAGAAGAACACUGGUUGCCGGCUGUCGAGCCAAGGUGUCUGUGAAGCCACCGUCAACAUUGCCGUGCCGGGAAGCAGCAAGGUGGUCGAGACGGUAGACGUCGGAUCCAACUGGGGAGCAGCUCAAGAAGUCAGCAGCAGCAAAGCUGGAUUCAUUUGUGGCUUGGAGAGCGUCCUUUACGAUGAGCCGUCGCGCUCGACCUGCAGAGUCCAAGAGCCUUCGAAGGUUCUGUGCAUCAAGCGCGCCGAGAUGCAGCAGCUGGUCGCAUCAGAGCCCUCCAUUGCCAACUGUCUUGGCAGAAUCACGACCCGUCAGUUUCUUCGUCACAGCGAUGUCUUGUUGCAGGCUCUCCAGCUGUACGAGGGGGGUGGAUGGAGAGGAGGACAUUUCGACAAGCACACUGCACAAGUUUGCUUGAACAUGCUCGGGCAAGACAGCAAGGAAGAUGCCAGCCCGUCCAGAAGGAUUCAGAAUGCGCUGCCAGAGAAACUUGGCAAUCUGAGCUCGCCCACGGUUCCACGCAAGCCGAGGAUGACCCGAAUACAAAGGCAAGGUACAAUCGACGCAUGGGCACUGAAGUGGUGGGAAGAGCGGAACAGCAGCACAGUCACUCUCUCCUAA